GUCCCAACGGAGACCAGUAUAAAUAACGCACCAUUGGAGGAGGAGAUCUCUCCCUCUCAUCAUCAUCAUCAUCCUCCUCCUCCCUAUCCCCUUCUCCCCCCUCUCUCUCUCUCUCCACCCCGCGCGGCGGCCGCUUCCGAUCCCUCUCCGACCGACCAAGCGCCGCCUCCAAGAAUGGGGAGCUCGGAGAAGAACGGAACUGCUUAUGGCGAGUACACCUAUGCUGAACUGGAGAGGGAGCAGUACUGGCCGUCUGAGAAGCUGAGGAUAUCGAUCACCGGAGCUGGUGGUUUCAUUGGAUCCCACAUUGCUCGCCGUCUGAAGAGCGAGGGGCAUUACAUCAUCGCCUCCGACUGGAAGAAGAAUGAGCACAUGACUGAGGACAUGUUCUGCCAUGAGUUCCACCUUGUUGACCUUAGGGUCAUGGACAACUGCCUCAAGGUCACCAACGGCGUCGACCAUGUGUUCAACCUUGCCGCUGAUAUGGGUGGUAUGGGGUUCAUUCAGUCCAACCACUCUGUGAUCAUGUACAACAACACCAUGAUCAGUUUCAACAUGCUCGAGGCUGCACGUAUCAAUGGUGUGAAGAGGUUCUUCUAUGCCUCAAGUGCAUGCAUUUACCCUGAAUUCAAGCAGCUUGAAACUAACGUUAGCCUGAAGGAAUCUGAUGCCUGGCCUGCUGAGCCUCAAGAUGCCUAUGGUUUGGAGAAGCUUGCAACUGAGGAGCUCUGCAAGCACUACACCAAGGACUUUGGCAUUGAGUGCCGUGUUGGCCGCUUCCACAACAUAUAUGGCCCCUUUGGAACAUGGAAAGGUGGCCGUGAGAAGGCACCAGCUGCAUUCUGCAGGAAGGCUCAGACUUCCACUGACAGGUUUGAGAUGUGGGGUGAUGGCCUCCAGACCCGGUCCUUCACAUUCAUAGAUGAGUGUGUUGAGGGUGUUCUGAGGUUGACAAAGUCGGACUUCCGUGAGCCAGUGAACAUUGGAAGCGAUGAAAUGGUAAGCAUGAACGAGAUGGCUGAAAUCAUUCUCAGCUUCGAGGAUAGGGAGCUGCCCAUCCACCACAUCCCUGGACCCGAGGGUGUCCGUGGCCGUAACUCCGACAACACCCUCAUCAAGGAGAAGCUUGGCUGGGCACCCACAAUGAAGCUCAAGGACGGGCUGAGGUUCACCUACUUCUGGAUCAAGGAGCAGAUAGAGAAGGAGAAGACCCAGGGCGUCGACAUCGCGGGUUACGGCUCAUCCAAGGUGGUGUCCACCCAGGCCCCGGUUCAGCUGGGCUCCCUCCGUGCUGCCGAUGGCAAGGAGUAAUUUCAAAGCUGCUACACCAUGAAGAUCAAUCAGCUCCUCUCAGCUUGAUCGUGGCCAUACCUUACUUCGCUACAGAUAGCUCACAGAAAUGAAUUCUUCUUGGAAAUCUUGCAACCUUUCAGAACAACAACAGCCGUUCUUCCUGUCGUUAUAACUCAUAUGCAGUACACCGGUUUCUUGUGUUUAAAAAGCUAUACUCGAGAUUUCUUCCUCUUUUUUUUUUCGCGUCGUGUUGGAAAUUCUUCGUAUGGAUUACAUUUUGUCAUAUGAACAAUGAAACAAUGGGAAUGCUCUGCAUUACCUUUAUGAAUAGAUGAUGUGUUCUUCCUA